CCGACUUUUGGACACGUACCGAACCCCUCCACACACCCUGCAAGGGCUGGUCCCUGUCCAAAGUCCCUCCCUGGAUCUGCUGGAGUUGCAGACACUACCAGUGUCAUUGGGCUGUCGGACCCCACCAUGAAGCUCCUGGCAUCCCUCACCCUCUGCCUCUGGGCAGGACUCAGCACUGCUAUCAUCCCAGAGGAGGAGGAGAAUCCAUCCUUCUGGUACAAGCAGGCAGCUGCAGCCAUCGACGCCUCCUUGAAAAUCAAGCCUAGGAUAGGCCAAGCCAAAAACCUCAUUCUCUUCCUCGGGGAUGGAUUCGGGGUCCCCACCAUCACAGCCACCCGCAUCCUCAAGGGGCAGCUGCAGGGGAGGCUGGGCCCUGAGACCCCUCUUGCUCUGGAUUCUUUCCCCUACGUGGCUCUCUCCAAGACGUACAACGUGGACCGGCAGGUCCCCGACAGCGCGGGCACAGCCACAGCCUAUCUCUGCGGGGUGAAGGGCAACUACCAGACAGUGGGGCUGAGCGCGGCCGCCCGCCACUCUCAGUGCAGCACCACCGCAGGCAAUGAGGUGAUCUCGGUGCUGGAGCGAGCCCGCAAAGCUGGGAAGUCGGUGGGCAUCGUGACGUCCACGCGGGUGCAGCACGCAUCGCCCUCGGGGACCUACGCCCACGUGGUGAACCGUAACUGGUAUGCGGACGCCAGCAUGCCCAUGGAUGCACGGCAGGAGGGAUGCAAGGACAUCGCCUGGCAGCUGGUCCACAACGUCGACAUCAACGUGAUCCUGGGGGGUGGUCGGAAAUACAUGACCCCUGUGGGGACGCCGGACCCUGAGUAUCCCACCAACAGCCAGCAGAAUGGGAUACGGGAGGAUGGGAUAAACCUCAUUGACACGUGGCUGGAGGCGCGGCCGGGUGCCCGCUACGUCUGGAAUAAGACAGAGAUGCUGGCUGCUGCUGACAACCCCAGUGUGAAUUAUCUGAUGGGUCUCUUUGAACCCGGGGACAUGAAGUACAGCCUGGUGCGUAACACCACCCUGGACCCGUCGCUCACUGAGAUGAUGGAGGCGGCCAUCACCAUCCUGAGCAGGAACCCUGAAGGCUUUUACCUCUUUGUGGAAGAUAAGUUGGGGCUGUGCCCGUCUGCAGGCGGCAGGAUCGACCACGGCCACCAUGACGGGGCAGCCCAGAAGGCGCUGACGGAGGCGGUGGAGUUCGACCGGGCCAUCGAGCGGGCAGGGGUCCUGACAGACGAGGCACAGACCCUCACCGUCAUCACUGCUGACCACUCACACGUCUUCUCCUUUGGUGGCUACACGCUGCGUGGCACCUCCAUCUUCGGUCUGGCCCCCUCACAGGCCAUUGAUGGGAAGAGCUACACAUCCAUCCUCUACGGGAACGGGCCAGGCCACGCGGGCCCCGACCGGCCCAAUGUGGACCAUGACACAGCCAUGGAUUUCGAGUACCUGCAGCAGGCGGCCGUGCCCCUCGACUCGGAGACCCACGGCGGUGAGGACGUGGCCAUCCUGGCCAAGGGCCCCAUGGCCCACCUCUUCCAUGGGGUGCAGGAGCAGACCUACGUGGCCCACGUCAUGGCCUACGCCGCCUGCAUCGAGCCCUACACCGAGUGCCGCCAGCGGGACUCUGCCCCUGGCAUCCGUGCCACCCCCCUGGUCCUGCUCCUGCCCAUCCUCCUCCUGCCCCUCUUCCACUGA